AUGGCGACGAAUAAAGCCCCCGCGGGGACGGGACGAGCGGGAGAGGCCAGCGGCAUUCCAGGGAGGAGCUUCCAGGUCCCCGUGCCUUCUCCAGGUGUUUGCCAGGGCCACGGCCACCAACCCGCCUCCUCGGUUCAGGCCCCCCCGACGUCGUCCUCCGCCAUCGUGGUGGUAACGGCCAAGGUCGCCAAACCGGUUCUGAAUGCGAGCCAGGCCCCCGUGACCCCGGCCUCGGCCUCGGCCUCGGCCCAGAGGAGGACGGUGGUGAUUACGGUGCCUAGGCCGGCCGGACCACCUUUGCCCGUGGCGCCUCGGCCCGCCAACAUCCAGAUCCCAGCAGGUAUGAUGCUGAUCCGCAGUGACAGCGGUCAGCUGAUGCUGAUGUCCCAGCAGGCUUUGGCACAGGCUCAGGCACAGCAGGGAGCGAGAUCCGGCAACAGCCCGGCGAGCGGAAUUCCGGCCUCACAGGCGACAUCCGCAAGUCAAGGCAACGAGAAGGUGACGAUGAUCAGGAUGACGGCUUCUGCGACUUUCCAGCCGGCGGCGGUCCAGAACGCGGCCAUGGUCAAGCCGCGGUUCCGACCCGCACCGUGGCAGCCGAACACAGGGCCUCCUUUUCAGCCGGUCGCCGUGGAAACCAAGAAAGAGCCCCCGCCUGCGUUUAGUCAGGAGACGCUGGAGAGCGUGAAGAAGUGCAAGAACUUCCUGGUGACGCUGAUGAAGCUAGCGUCCAGCGACUCAAAGUCUGCCAACAUGGCCAACAACGUGCGGGGCCUGGUCGGGAGUCUGCUGGAAGGCAAGAUGGAGGCGGAGGAGUUCACGCAGGCGCUCUAUCGGGAGCUCAAGUCCACACCGCAGCCCUGCUUAGUGCCCUUCCUCAAGAAAAGUCUCCCGGCAGUGCGUUGCCUCACCGCAGACCCGCAGGCAUUCAUCCAGCAGGCCUGCUGCUCCUCCUCCUCCUGCACCCCUGCCGUGAAGAAGCCCAAUGUGGACCCAGCUCCAAGUCCGAAAGCCCUCCAUCAGGUGUCAAGCGGAGCGAGCGCGUCGCCCCAGUCCAGAACUUCGGCCUGCAAGAGCUUCCGAACCAUUUCUCCCCCCGAAGUCACCCCGGUCCAGAUGGGAAAAGCCUUCUCGGGAGGGUUCUCCGUGAGGCAACCUUUUGCUCGAGAUCCUCCGUGCGCCACCAGACUUGCUUUCAGGGACACUUCGGGCUCGUACAAAGAAGACGACGACAUUAACGACGUGGCGUCCAUGGCGGGCGUCAACCUGCGCGAGGAGAACGCUCAGAUCCUGACCGGCGCGGUGGGCUCGGUGGUGCGGUCGUGCCAGGAUCAGCUCUUCCUGUCCGCCGGCCCCGCGCUGGGCCGCUUCCUGCGCGCGGGACGCCCGCUGGGGGUGACGGAAGUGGGCCCCGAGGUGGUGGCUCUGGUCUCUCACGCCACUCAGGAGUGUCUCCGCGGCCUCCUGGAGAAGCUCACCGUGAUGGCGGAACACCGGAAGGCGGCCCUGAAGGAGGACUCGUGGCACGACAAAGUGAGCGACGUGCGCUCACAGCUGCGUUUCCUGGAGGAGGUGGACGCUUUGAAGAAGAGGAGGAAGGACGAAGAGGAGAGGGACAGGCUGAUGCGUUUGGCCAGGAGUCGCUCCCACCCUGACGAUCCGCUGCAGCAGCAGCUGAAGCAGAGAGCAAAAGAGUUACAACAAAUGGAAGAAGCUCAGCUGCAGCAGCGAGAAGCCAACCUCACCGCUCUGGCGGCCAUCGGCCCGAGGAAGAAGAGGGCGCUCGCCCGCACGGAAGGCAACGUGUCGCUGGCGCCCAGGCAGCGCGUGAGUCGCGUGACGCUGCGAGAUCUGCUGCUGUGCAUGGAGCACAGCCAAUUCCUGCGACGCUCACUCACGUUCUACAAGGCCAUGCUCUGACAACUCCACCCGUUUGGUGCCAUCCUGACAACUCCACCUGUUUGGUGCCAUCUUGACAUUCUGACAACUCCGCCCGUGAGGUGCCAUCCUGACAACAUUCUGACAACUCUGCAGAGCUGUCUUGAGAUACAAAUGUUUCAUUUGUUCCACGAUCACACUUGUAAUGCAAAACACUUAAAAGCUCUUUUCUCAUUAAAGUGAAUGGAAAGGCCAUUCAUCUGUUACAUUAUACCCCGCACCCCCGUCAAAAAGAAACAGUUUCUGACGUUUUUCAUCAGGAAAAUAUGAUUACAAUUAUUAUUAUUAUUAUAUAACUAUUGUACUUUAUAAAAAAAAAACAAGUAAUAAUGUAAUUAAAUAGAAUGUAAAGAGUUAAACAGCUUGUGCAUCACAAUUUAAUGCUUCAAUUCCUUGUGCUGCUGCUCCUGGUGUGGCCGCCUUGGGCCACCGGGGGGCAGUAUAACAUGUUCAUAAAGACAAAUGAAGAGCCACUGCUAUUUACAGCAAUGUGAAUUACUGAUGCUCAUUAUCAUUGCCAUGAAAAAAAGAAAAGGAAAAAAUCCUCCCUACAAAAACGUGAAUAAGCAGGAGGUCUGAAAAGUAAUAUGUGGGAUUCCACUGUAUCAAACAUUUUUUUCGCAGAGGAUAAGCAAUGUGUGUGUGCCCUUAUUGCUUUCUUGUCUGUCUACAUGUGUUUCCGCAUCAAUGCUACUUUUGUUCGUCCGUCAGUGGCUUUUUCCAUUGUAUGUUAGCAUUAAGCUAGCGGGGUCAUUCUUAAGGCAGAGGGUUGUUUUAAAUCCACAAUGUCUUUGUUUCACGUUUAGUCGGAUGUGAAGAAUUUCUGAUAAACCUGCUGCGCGUUGUGAAGCGAGUUGACUUUUCUCCUACCUCGCACGCUCGGAUCACAAAUUUUUGCUCGCAAGUCAAAGCAAAAAAAAAAAAAAUCAUCAGAACAACAACAACUGUCUCAAGGCACCACUGUAAUAACACAGAUUGACGUUUAGGAUUUUGUGUUUGUCAAAUAUUUUUGUUGUGUUAAAGCUGU